UCGGUCGUCAAAAUGUUGUUCUGUGUCAAUGAGAAGAAUGCCCAAAUGACCGAAGUGGUCAGCGGCUUGUAUAUCUGUGGUGUGACAGCUUUGACUGCGGAAAAUAUGCAGAAAUACAACAUCGCGUUGAUCGUUAACGCCACCACUGAAGUGCCUAAUGCUCGUAGCCUUGGCUCAAUCGCUCGUGUAAAGCUCUGGCUGGAGGACACCACAAAAGCUGACCUCUACCCGCAUUUGCACUUACUGUGUGAUCAAAUUGAAGAAGCCAUCUCACAAGGUGCCAAUGUCCUAGUGCAUUGUGUGGCCGGUGUGUCACGAUCUGCGGCCAUCUGUCUUGCGUUCCUUGUCAAAUACCAUAAUAUGUCACUUCGUGAUGCCUACUUCCAUAUGGCUUCAAGACGGCCUUUGGUCAGACCGAAUCUCGGUUUCUGGAGACAACUGAUCGCCUUCGAACAGGUGACCAUUUGA